AUGGCGCAAAUGCAGGUGCAGCAUCCGAACCCUUUGUCGGCUCCCAAUGGUGUGGCGCCGACUCCAACCGUGAACCAAUUCCCGGGUGCAUCCUUGUACGUUGGGGAUCUCGACCUGGACGUGACCGAUUCUCAGCUCUACGAUCUCUUCAACCGGCUGGGACAAGUUAUUUCUGUUCGAGUAUGCAGGGACGUCACCAGCCGUCGAUCCCUUGGUUACGGUUAUGUCAAUUACAGUAAUACUCAGGAUGCGGCCAGAGCAGUGGAUGAGCUGAAUUUCACGCCGCUGAACAACAAGCCCAUCAGGAUUAUGUAUUCCAAUCGGGAUCCUAGUAGUCGGAAGAGUGGAGCAGCGAAUAUAUUUAUCAAGAAUUUGGAUAAGACAAUUGACCACAAGGCUUUACACGAGACUUUUUCUGCUUUUGGAAAUAUUCUUUCUUGCAAAAUAGCAACGGAUGCAUCUGGCCAGUCCAAAGGCUAUGGAUUUGUUCAAUUCGACAAAGAAGAAUCUGCGCAAAAUGCAAUUGACAAGUUAAAUGGCAUGCUGAUAAAUGAUAAGCAGGUCUAUGUAGGGCAUUUUCUGCGAAAAGAAGAUAGAGAGAGUGUUUCUACCAAGACAAAAUUCAAUAAUGUCUAUGUGAAAAACCUAUCAGAGUCAAUGACUGAUGAAGAUUUGAAGAAAACUUUUGGAGAAUAUGGGACCAUUACUAGUGCCGUGAUAAUGAGAGAUGCAGAUGGUAAAUCAAAAUGCUUUGGUUUUGUCAAUUUUGAAAAUGCAGAUGAUGCUGCUAAUGCUGUUGAGGCACUUAACGGAAAGAAGUUUGAUAACAAGGAGUGGUAUGUUGGAAAAGCUCAAAAGAAAUCUGAAAGAGAGCUUGAGUUGAAAGGACGAUUUGAGGAGAGUAUGAAGGAAGCACUUGACAAACAUCAAGGGAUGAACUUGUAUGUCAAGAAUUUGGAUGAGAGCAUCAGUGAUGAGAAACUGAAGGAAAUGUUCUCUGGAUUUGGUACAAUAGUUUCUUGCAAGGUUAUGCGGGAACCAAAUGGAAUAAGUAAAGGAUCGGGGUUUGUUGCAUUCUCAUCUCCUGAAGAAGCUUCACGAGCUCUUUCGGAGAUGAAUAGUAAAAUGGUUGCUGGCAAACCGCUGUAUGUUGCACAUGCUCAAAGAAAAGAAGACAGAAGAGCUAGGUUACAGGCGCAAUUCAUACAAAUGAGGCCUGUUCCGUUGGUGCCUUCUGUUGGUCCACGCAUGCCAAUGUAUCCUCCUGGGGCUCCAGGUCUGGGACAACAAUUUUUGUAUGGGCAAGCACCACCUGCCAUCAUUCCCCCACAAGCUGGGUUUGGUUAUCAGCAGCAACUCGUUCCUGGGAUGAGGCCUGGGGGGGCUCCAAUGCCAAACUUUUUUGUUCCAAUGGUCCAGCAGGGUCAACAAGGUCCACGUCCUGGGGGGCGCCGUGGAGCAGGUCCUGUGCAACAAUCCCAGCAGCCGAUGCCACUAAUGCAGCAGCAGAUGCUUCCAAGAGGACGUGCCUACCGUUACCCUCCUGGUCGCAACAUGCAAGAUGUUCCAAUGCCUGGAGGAGCUGGUGGAAUGCUUUCUGCCCCUUAUGACAUGAGUGGUUUACCAAUCCGGGAUGCUGCUGGGCAACCAUUGCCCAGACAGGCAUUGGCUACAGCCCUCGCAAAUGCUCCACCUGAACAGCAGAGGACUAUGCUGGGCGAGGCUUUAUACCCUCUUGUAGAACAGCUGGAGCGUGAUGCAGCAGCUAAGGUAACAGGCAUGCUUUUGGAGAUGGACCAGCCUGAGGUAUUGCAUCUUAUUGAAUCACCUGAAGCUUUGAAGGCUAAAGUUGCUGAGGCCAUGGAGGUUUUGAGAAAUGUUGCUCAGCAAGUUAGCAGCCCAACCAAUCAACUGGCCUCGCUCUCUCUUAAUGACAACCUAGUUUCGUAAGAGUUUGCGUGGUCAAUUUAUUGCAAUCUAUGCAGUCUCUGGUCCCUUCCGACUGCUCAAACUUUUUCCCAGGUAUUGAUGUCAGUCAAUACUAAGGAAAGCUAUAUUUUGUUCUUGAACUCUGGAGUAUUUAUUGGUUAGGCUUAGUUUCAUUUGCGGGAUCUUUUAGUUUAUUUAAUUCAGUUUGCUUUUUUGGCCCCUCUAGUUCUACAGAAUUGUUUUGCCCGAUUGGCAGAUGCGAGUACUGAUCUUUUUUUCUUUUUCUUUUUUUGAAUGAAAGCGAGUACUGAUCUUUUAGUUUCUA